AUGAGUGUACCUGCAGCAACGGCACAGAAAUCAGACGGCAACAACAGUGAAAUGCAAUCAGCUGCAGUGGCUCCCUCCUUCAUCCCCAGCCAGUCGGGGAAGAUACCGGGCAGGAAGAGAGGGAGACCCCCACUCCGCAAUGUCGCCAAGAUGGAUUUUCCUAACCGUUACCCAGAAUCGCUCCCUCCACUCAAAGUGCCAAAGAAGAGGGGGAGAAAGCCGGGCUUCAAGCUCAAACCCAGGAUGGUGAUGACACCGUUAGCGAUUUCUCCACCCAGCAGCACCCCUGAGCCUGAUAUGAGCUCCAUUCCUCAGGAUGCCGCCACCAUCCCCCACUCUGCCACGCCCCAGGUGCUCACAGUCUGUAUCUACAUCAACAAGCAGGCCAACACGGGCCCAAACCUGGACAGGAAGAAGAUCCAGCAGCUCCCUGAUCACUUUGGACCCGACAGGCCCUCCGUGGUGCUGCAGCAGGCCGUCCAAGGCUGCAUUGACAGCGCCUUCCAGCAGAAAACAGUGUUCACGCUCCUCACACAAGGCUACGGGGGAGAAAAAAUAUCAGCCACAUUUGAUGGGAAGCAGCACCUUCUGAGCCUCCCCGUGGUGAACAGCAUCGACUAUGUGCUUCGUUUUCUGAAGAAACUCUGUCGCAGCUUGCACUGUGAAAACCUCUUCAGUGAUCAGCCCAUUACCCAGCACAGUGGUGGCUCCUACCAGUCAGAUGCUGAAACUUCUAUGGCCGAGGACUACCAUUUAGACCAGUCAGACGGCAAACGCUACUCCGUGGACCCCGGCGACUCUGCUUUCAGCUCCAUAAGCUCACCCUACUCGCCAAAGUCCUCCUACGGGUUUCGUUCAUCACAGCAAUUCUCUAACGGCUCAGCGUCCAUGAGCAUGUGCAGGCAGUCGUCCACCAGCCCAAACACGUUCCCAGAGAGCAACAGGACAGGUUAUAAUGCGUCUCCAGAGUCCCAGGACUCCAAAGCUCCACCCAAUAAGGACCCAUCCACCUGGUCUGUGGAAGAUGUUGUCUGGUUCAUCAGGGACGCAGAUCCCCAGGCUCUUGGCCCCCAUGCGGACGUCUUCAGAAAACACGAGAUUGAUGGAAACGCUUUGUUACUCCUAAAAAGCGACAUGAUCAUGAAAUAUCUUGGACUGAAGCUGGGGCCGGCCUUGAAGCUUUGCUACCACAUCGACAAACUAAAGCAAACUAAGUUCUGA